GACACACGGCGGCGAGAGGCCGAGGCCGGGAAGUCGGGAGCCUCGGGGCGCAGUGAGUGACGGCCGAGCCAUGGCUACGCAGGUGGAGACGCUGUUGCCGCCGAACCCGCUGCAGCCUCCGGGGGCCGAGGCCGCGCAGGAGGCCGGGGAGCAGCCCUCGCGGGCUCGAGCCGGCGCCAGGCCCGACACCGCGCACCUCGUGGCGGCGCCACCGCCUAAAGUCAACCCCUGGAGCAAAGCGGCCCCGGGUCAGGCCGAGCCCCCGGCACAGCCGCUCCCCGAGGGGGACGGACCCCACACACAGCCCGGGGGCCGCAGGAAGGAGUUCAUCGAGGCCCCUCCGCCCAAAGUCAAUCCCUGGACCAAGAAGCUGAGCAGCGGCUCCGCCGCCACCGACAGCGAGACUCCGCCUGAGCCCGGAGCAGAAAUGCCAGCACCAGCCAAAGUCGUCAAGGCAGGGAACCCCAGAGCAAAGAAAGGAAACAAGGUUAGUGAUUUUGGUGACACCACAAACUGGCCUACGCCUGGUGAAAUAGUAAACAACAAGACAUGGGAGCCAGUAACCUCGACUGAGCAUCCACAUAACAGUAAACCACAGCCAAACAAGAAGGUUUCCAUAAAGAAAGACGUGAAGGAGAGAUCAGAGAAGAGCGACAGCAGCGAGAGUAAAGAAAACCAGAAAGCCAAGGCGGAUGAAUCACCAGAGGAAAGGAGUGCUGAUGAGGAUUCACAGAAGUCUACACAGAAGAGAAAAGGCUACAAACAAAGAUGGGUCCCACUGCAACUGGAUGUGAAAUCGGAGGGUUCCCAAGACAAGCUCGCUUCCAGGAACAACUCCCGUCCCCAGCCUGAGCCACUGAGACCACCAGCCAACAACCGGAAUGAAUCCAAAGGCUACCAUCGUGAUGAUAAACACGACUCUCGCGACUGGAGGGACGAUCGUGAUGAAAUUUCCAGUGUAAAAAGUGAGGGAGGAAUUAUCCGAGGAGGAUUCCGAGGGCGAGGGCGAGGAAGAGGCCGUGGAAGAGGACGUGGCAGAGGGGGUUCUCGCUCUCACUUUGACUACCAUUACAACUAUAACCCAAACGCUGAAGGCAAUGAUGGAAUAUACAGACCAAAAUUCGGUGGUGACAUCAUCUAUUACUAUGAUAACCAGAGUAGUGCAGAGCUGUAUACAAUGGACAAAAAGCUACUCAAAGAUUACAUCAAGAAACAAAUUGAAUACUACUUUAGCCUUGAAAACUUGGAAAGAGACUUUUUCCUGAGGAGAAAGAUGGACGCAGAGGGUUUCUUACCAGUCUCCUUAAUUGGAGGCUUCCACCGAGUCCAGGCUUUGACCACAGAUGUCAAUCUUAUCCUGGAGGCUUUAAAGGACAGUACUGAAGUGGAAGUUAUCAACAAAAAAAUUAGAAAAAAGGAAAAUCCUGAGAAGUGGCCUUUGCCAGAGACUGAUUUCACCAGAUUGCUGAACUGUCCAGAGUUCAUUCCAGGACAGACUUACAGAAAGCAGACUGAAUCUGCUCCAGGCUCUCCUCGAGCUGGAAGUGCUGCCAACUCCAAGACUGAUGAGCCAAGUAACUUGAAGACAAUGCCAAAGGGCCUUUCCACCAGUCUCCCUGAUCUGGACUCGGACACGUGGAUUGAAGUGAAGAAAAGACAUCGGCCUUCCCUUGCUAAACCAAAGAAAGAGGAACUCAAAUCGCCCAUAACUGGAAAGGUGGUGCUUGAGGAGCAGGAAGAACAGGAAGAGCUGGACUUCAUGUUUGAUGAGGAGAUGGAGCAGAUGGACGGUCGGAAGAACAUGUUCACAGACUGGUCAGACGAGGAUUCUGACUGUGAAAUAGAUGAUCGGGAUGUGAACAAGAUCCUGAUCGUCACUCAGACACCUCCAUACCUGAGAAAGCAUCCCGGUGGGGACCGCACUGGGAACCACGUCUCCAGAGCAAAACUCACAUCGGAGUUUGGGAAAGUCAUUAAUGAUGGCCUUUACUACUAUGAGCAGGACCUGUGGAAAGAGGACUAUGAGCCAGAGUAUGCAACAAUAAAGCAAGAAGUUGAGAACUUCAAGAAGUUGAACAUGAUCAGUCGAGAGGAGUUCAACACCCUGACACCUGAGCCUCCAGUUGAUCCAAAUCAAGAAGUUCCGCCCGGACCACCCAAACAACAGCAAGUACCUACUGAUGCAUUGGCCAACAAACUGUUUGGUACAGCUGAGCCACCUGUGUCCUAUGUCGCUCGAUCUUUGCCAACAACUGUGCCAGAGUCGCCAAACUACCGUGGUGCUCGCACUCCUCGCACACCUCGGACACCCAGGCUAAAGGAUCCAAGCCAAACCCCCAGAUUUUAUCCAGUGGUGAAGGAAGGACGGCCCAUAGAUGCAAAGACUCCUCGGAAGAGAAAGACGAGGCACAGCUCAAACCCCCCACUGGAGAGUCAUGUUGGUUGGGUGAUGGACUCCAGAGAGCACCGACCGAGGACAUCUUCCUUCAGCUCCAAUGCUAGUCCUUCAGAGGGAAUCCCAAUGGCUGGAAGUUCUGGCUGCACCCCCCAGUCUCUCCCAAAGUUCCAGCAUCCCUCCCACGAGUUGCUGAAGGAGAAUGGCUUCACCCAACAUGUAUAUCACAAGUUCCGCAGGAGAUGCCUCAAUGAGCGAAAGCGACUAGGCAUAGGACAGUCUCCAGAGAUGAACACACUUUACCGAUUCUGGUCCUUCUUCCUAAGAGACCAUUUCAACAAGAAGAUGUAUGAAGAGUUCAAGCAGUUGUCUGUUGAGGAUAGUAAAGAAGGCUACAGGUAUGGACUGGAAUGCCUUUUCAGAUUUUAUAGUUAUGGUCUCGAGAGGAAAUUCAGACAUGAGAUCUUCAAGGAUUUCCAGGAAGAAACCCUUCUGGAUUAUGAAGCUGGUCAACUCUAUGGACUUGAGAAAUUCUGGGCCUAUCUAAAGUACUCAAAAGCUAAAAACCUGCAUAUUGAGCCACAACUUCAGGAAAACCUCAGCAACUUCAAACGGCUUGAAGAUUUCCGAGUAGAUCCUCCAAUUUGUGAUGAAGUUGGUCGUAAACAUCACUCUUCCAGUUCAUGUGCAGAAGAGAGAAAGCCGCCUUCUCUCCAGUCUUCCAGUGAAGCCACUGGUCUGGCUGAGACCUCGAUAACCCAUCUGAUCAAGAGCAGCACAAACACCAAGCCUAGUCCUGCUUCUGUGCAGAUCCUGGAGCCCGAAACACCAGACAAGUAGAGCACUAGACUCCUUCUUUCAACCUUGGAUCUUGUUUUUGAACAUUGCUAUUGUCACCUCAAGGCCCUAAAGAAAACCUGGGCCUGAUUUCAGACAUUCAUCACCGCUAGCCAGUGGACCAUUGCGUAGCUGCCUGAAGACUUGCAUUCAAAGGCUAUUGCAAGCCCUUCACCGUAUGAAUGUCUGCUGCAUGAGGACGAUUGGCUGACAUAUAAUUUCACGCUUCAUUUGGGGUCGACAGUACAGCUGCGCUUGGAUAUUCUGAAAAAAGAAAAAAAAAAACCUCCUUUGAGGAAAAUGGGAUUUAAAAAAAAAGAUGCCUUAUUUUACUGCCUGCUCCUGUGGUGGGCAAUACCUGGUGACUACACUCUGCUUUCCCAGGCUAAUGACUCCUAUUGGCUGUUAAUCUUCAUAAAAUUAUCGGUUCUUUAUCCUGGAAUUUGAAUUGUCAAGGUUUUGUUCAUAGCCAUUACAGAUUACCGCAGGCGGGAACAAACCGGGAAAGCGUUUUAAAAGAAGAACAAAGUCCAAUAACAUGGCAGGUCCUCUUUGUCAGGCCUUAUUACACUUAGUCCUGGUGCUGGAGAUGAGGGUCAGAGCCGGUAGCUGAGAUAGCGAUUCUAUCUAGCCGUCCGUCCCACUCCUGCUGACAGUCACUGUGAUCUGCCUUUGGCCACCAGCUGUUUUGUAAACUGUUGUGUUCGACAUUUGUUUCCGCUUCCGCCUCACAACCUUGAUUAUAAAAUCUACAAUAUGACCCCAUCCUGGGAGAUGGUGAGGGUAAGAGCUGGAUAAAUGAGAAAGGCCAACUUUGUUGAAACUUAUGAUGGCGAAAUCAUCUCUUAAAUGGUCACAUGUUUGGUCGCAGUGUCACAAUAUAACUUUUAGUAACUGCUACAACAGUGAUUUUUGUUAAGAAAAUGGAAAAUUUUCUCUGCCUUUCUCCUAAAAAGGUAAUCAUCUUCUUCAGGAACCUAGGUCUUGAGAUUGUUCUGUGAAUUUUAUUCAUCAUAUCUUUGGUACACUAUCAGCACUAUGGAAUUGGGUAAAACAAUUAUUGCAGAUUGAUACAUCAGUUCAGUAUAUUGUAUAUCAUAAUGUGAUGCUCAUAAUCGUAGAGUAUUAUCCCAUGAUUAGUCUUUCUGAAUAGAUGGGACAAUUGUGAGGAUGGUGGACAUGGUGAUGGACCCAUCAGCAGCUGCUGGAGAGUUUGCUCAUUCAACAAACAGUGGGUAGGUAGUAUGUUGGGUGCUUUGCGGGUGUGUACAGUGCAAGUGCUUGUGUCAAUCCAUUGUACAGCUGUAGAAAAAUUCACAGCCUGACUGGCCCGCUGUGUUCAUCUUUCCCAACUGAAAGUACCUUUUUGAGAGAUGAAUUCAGUGCUCUUUUCAUUGAGAGUAAAUCUGAGAAAUAUUUUACUGUCCAUUAUCUUAUACCAGGUAGUUUUCUCCAAUACAUUUGGUACUUCUGGAGUAGGCCUUAUUUUGCCACUUGUUGCUUGAAGUUCUAUCGGAUGCAAAUAUAUACAUACACACACAUAUAUAUAUAUACAUAGUGCUUCUAGUCCCACCUCUACAAGUUAAACCAGCAAUGGAACCUCUCCUUUCAAGGUAUUUAGCCAAUAACUACAUAUUUCUUAACAUGCUCCAAUUCCUCAAGGCAUUAAAGUGGUGACCAACAACAAAUAUUGACCAAUGAGGUGAUGAAUAGCACAGCUUUUAGUGUGAUUAGUGACCAGUUUCCAACAACACUGAGGAGAAUGUGUCCCUAUAAAAGGGACCACAAUUAGACUAGGACUUAGCCUGACCUGGAACAGGAUCUCUGACCUGGCCAACCUUCCUGUAUCUCUGCCUGAUGUGCUGCAAGUUAAAACAAUCAUCUGUUGUGAGUUUCUGAUUAAAACAUUUAUAUUGUUUAAAGCUUACCUCAUCCAUUUGAGAGUUCUACAUCCAGUCUCAUGACACUGUGCCAUGUGGGUUCUGUAAUACCAGGCACAGCCAUAUGUGAUUGUUGGGAUUUCCUCUUUCAACAAACCGUAAAGUACCUGUUUUAGGUGAGACUAAACCUGUGAUAUUUAAAGCCUGAAUACAACUUGUCCUCUUGACUCAUUCAUUUUGGAUAUGCAAUGCUACUUUUAUUUAAGUGAACUGCUUUUGAAUUGCCUUCGCUGGAAAUAGUAUCUUAAAUCUGUUUUAUUCUACGUAAUUGGAAUGUACGCUUCUGUGUUGUUUUUUGCAUUCUUGCUUGUAUCAGAUUGUGCUGUGUUUAUAACUCCAGAACAGCUGAUUAAUGUAUAUAAUACUUGGGGAUGAUUAUAGAGCUGAAUGUAAUUUGUUUUCUAAGUAAGGAAUAAUUGAGAAUCUAGCCAUAUUUGCCAAAGAAGCAUUCGACCUGGAUUUACACGGAUGCUGAAUAAGUCAGUUAUACCUAGAAAAUAACACCAUGCGUGUGGAUCAAUUCCUGUUUUUUCCAGCCUCUAGGAUUGCAGGUUUAUCUGAAAUUGUAAAAAAUGAAAGUAUUGAGUAUAACAACGAAGAUCUGGGGUUGGGUCCUUGCCCCUAAAGUUUCAAAUACAGCAACCAUUUCUUUCAGGACAAAUUAAUCCGCUAUUUCUGUUGUUUGUUGACUGAUGGCGAAUAACUCCACUUCUCGUGCCUUUGACUUGAGCAGAAGUUGUGGAAUUUGAGUAGGGCUCUCUCAGAUUUGCCUCAGUCAAGUUACUUCUUGGGGGAGAAAGGGAUUAUGUCAAACUCGGGCUGCGACUUCUGCCUCCACAAUAAAUGCUGGCAUUGGCAGGUCACCUCAUCCUAAUGUGAACUGCGAGGGCACACUCCCUGUACAGACUACAUUCAGAAUCCUCAAUUCUUCUGUUUGAAUUGUACUAUUAUGUAAGAUUUUCUUUCAAGUAACUAGGCAAAAUCUUUGUGAAAUGCUUCUGUUUCCCAGGAAGCUCAUUUCUGGGCCAGACAAUUCUGAGCAAGAAAUAAUUAGAGGGGAUUAUGCUUUUUUCAGAGCGAAUUUUGAGCAAUCGAUUUCCAGAGACCCUUCUCCCGGGGACAUAGCUUCCUCCAUUCCCUGGGGAUUUACGUCAGAACCCUUCAAUAACUCCCCCAUCAGGAUUGCAAUAGUUCCGCAACCCCUUAUUAAAAUAUGUUUGAGUGUUCAAUGGAAAUGUUUUCCACAAUGUUAAUAUUCAACUGCAGGCUUUAGUGCUUUAAUAUCUAUUGUCACCAGGCAAUUAGCAAAUUUCUCCAGUUCCUCAAACCUUUGCUAAAUGGGCACAAAUGAUGUUUUAGUCCUGGGUGAAUAGUUUCAUGUUUUCCAAUUAUAUUUUAGGUUUGUUUAUAGUAUUAGUAGAAUGGCCCAGCCCAUUGGUAGUUUUGAGUCUCGUGUCUGGUCUUCAAGGCUGCUCCUGAUUGGUUGGAUGUGACUUUCCCCAGUUAAAAUUGGAAACCUCCAGCUUCCAGCAAGUCCGUCUCAGGGUCUCAGCUCCACACAGCUGGGAAAUAGAAGGUGAUUUUCUUAAGCCAGCGAGACCCACUAUUGUUAGUGCUGAACCUCAGUGGAGCUGACAAUGAACGUAACUAACAAUGCUUGUACAGUAUGAUUUGCUAGAUACAGACCAGUAUGUGGUUACAAUUACAAAUGCAGGCCAGAGAUGCGCUUAAUUUUGCAAACAAAAGUCACGUCACCCGCCCCUAAAUUCAGAGAUGCCAUGUGUUAGACUCACCAAAACAUAGCCAAAGAAGGUGGCUUUCAAAUGGAACAACUGCACAGGCCCACUGGGGAUAUUGGACAUGUUUGAAGUUUGGUUUGAGAGUAACUGGUGUAAAUUAUGCUGUGGAAAAAUGAAUGGCGACAAUAUUUUGCUUUGAAAGAUUGGGUGGACGGUUUGACAUUCCAAGCCACAAUAUUGGAAACUUACCUGGUCACACUUAAUGAUGUACCUUGACGUGAAACUAAGGCUUGUUCCCUGUUGAGCUGUGUUUUGGUAAUUUAACAAUAACUGAAGCAUAAGCAAGGCAGAGAAAUCAAGAACUUUCCAACAGUAUCCUGGGAUAGUCUUUAUCACAGCUGGAAACUAUAUUCCUUGAAACUUUUCAUUGGAUUUCUUGGUGAGUGGUGGUAGAAGUGUUGAGCCUCAGCUCUGGGUAUCUGAUUCACUGGGUAGCUAUUUACUUGCAUGAACUAGGCAGAAAGGGUAAUUUUUGUAAGAAUGUGAACACCCCAGUGUCCAGUCUCAGAUGAAGUAGUUUUAAGUGUAAAUGUGGUGUAUUUUGAAUAGGCAACCUUUUAUUUUGGAGUUUGAUUUUAUUGCAGGUUGUUGCUAGAUAUGGACCUUACUUGCUGAAAUCUUCAUGCUUCAUUCAUUGAAUUGUUUACAUGAGGGAGCUGGACUAAAGGGCCAGAUUUGCAUCUCAUUUCAUUCCCAGGCAUUAAGGUUGUUUUGAGCUGAGAAACAUUGAAUUUUAAUUUUUUUGUUCCAUCCAAAUCUAACACUUGCAAAAGCGAUAUUUGUUUUCAUUUUAGUUUGAAUCUCAUACUUUUAAAUCACUACUUCAGACUCCCAUUUUCUUUUUAAGGCAUAUCUGAAAAUGGCCUAUGAAAAUGCAUUGUUUUAUCUCUACUGUUAACUAUGUAAAUGCUCUCGUGUCAGGGGGAGUGCUCUGUCAUGCUUACCUGAUAUUCUUAACUGGUUUGGACUUUAUCAUUGAAUUGCUGUUGGGUUCCCUCCUGCUGGAGAGAAAGGAGCUGGACUUCUCACCAAUGAUAUUUUCAGCCCCUGUUUUAAUUUCAACUGACUGACCUAUUUAAAAGACUAUUUCCUCCAUUAAAACUUAAAUCAGAUUCCAUGACGGAAACAGAAAGCAUGACUGCUGUUUUUAUUACAGCAAAAAUGCAAAAUAAAAUUGACCAGACUCGUUUGGAGAAGGGAUCUAAAGGUUUAGUGAGCUUGGAUCUCUUUAGGUAAAGAUGGGGUUCAAGUAUUGCAAUCCCUGUAUCUGUUGGGAGAGUUGUACUUUGGAAUAAUUAGAUGUUAUAACAACCCUGAAGUAAAUGGUGGCUCAAUGCCAUGUUACAGUGGAUGCGCUGGACAUGAUCUGUUUUUGUUGCUGUGACAUAUUUAAAACAAAUGCAGGUUUAUCCCACUUUUAAAACAAAAUGUAAGAUACUUGAACAAGAGCUUGUAUUGUAUCAUAAAAUAUUAAUCAAUUAGAGUAUUUGCUUUUUAGUCUGUGAUCCCUUCCGGGUAGUGUUUAUGCCUUGUAAUUUGUGGUAAUUCUGCUUUCCUUUUAUAUAAAAAAAUUUAAAAUGUACAAAAAAUUAAAAAAAACAAAGACUUGUGGUUUGUCUUUUUUUCAGCCUAAGCAAAGCUUGAUUUUAACAGCUUGGAUGAUCUUAAAAUAUAU